GAUAAGGAUGCAGUGGAAAAACUACAAGAACUGUAUUUGACUACUGGUUUUCAUGCUGAAUUUGAAAAACUUGAUGUUGAUCAGAACUUUUUCAAAGUUCCUAAAGCUUUAACAAAACCUAACACUACUGAUGCCAAUAAACAUGACUGAGUGCAAAGCAGAUAGCAAAACCAACGUUGAUUUAGUAUUCGGAGUACCUGGUCUCAAACGAAAAUUUCUAGGGAAAAGGCCACUGAAGAGACUGCAGCAUCAGAAGGCAUGCCAAAAAUGUAAAAAAUGCAUUACCGGUAAUCAAGUUUCACUGAAGUGCCCGUACUGCAAAAAAUGCUACCAUAUAAAGUGCAUCGUUCCAGAAAUGAGUAAAGUUCCUAAAGGAAUUGUACUCGAUGCAUUGCAGAGGAACUGAAACAUACCAAAUAUACGUAUAAAAAACCAAAUGGUGUGAACUGUUACAAUAUAGAAAACUUCCAUGAAAUGGCUAGAAACGCCAAGAGAACGUUCCUGAACCUAAACAAAGAAGAGAAUCCUACAUUAGAAACGGUCGAGCAGUUUUGGAAAAUUGUUGGUGAAAAAAAUACAACGGUUGACACGGUGGUCGAGUAUGGAGCCGAGUAUCAAAGCAUUGGCUCACCCUCACACAUCGCUGCUCGAAUGCACAUCACACGUUUGCCGGAUGAAGUGCUCGGUAGAUACUUAGACGGUAGAUAUCCGUGGUGUUUGGAUAACUUCGUAGAUAGCUCUGUCUCUGCACUGACCUAUCAAUACCUCAGCUAUCAGGCAUGGAUGUGUGUUGGUAUGAUUUUCUCGACAUUUGGUUGGCAUAAUGAGCCUCACUGGAGCUACUGUGUCGACCACUUACACUUUGGUAAUUCUAAAACGUGGUACGCUGUUCCUGGCCAGUAUGCUGAGAAAUUCGAAGAAACUAUGAAAGAGCUGGCGCCAGAGCUAUUCGAAGAUCAACCGGACACUCUGCUACUUCACGACUCUCUUGUCAACCCAAACGCCUUGAUGGAAAAAGGUGUUCCCGUUUACAGGAUGGAUCAAAACGUGGGAGAAUUCGUGAUUACAUUUCCGAGAGCCUACAUUUGCAGUUUCAACCAUGGCUUCAACGUGGCUGAAGCUGUCAACUUCGCUCCGGCUGAUUGGAUUAAAAUCGGCCGAAAAUGCGUGGAAGAAUACGCUCUAUUAAAAAAGUACUGUCUCUUCUCACACGAUGAGUUGAUGUUUAAAAUUGCAAAAGAUGCUGCAAAUUCUGAUGUACGCCUAGCUGCUGCAGUUUAUCACGACCUGUACUACUCUAUAAAAACAGAACUCAAACUUCGACAAUUCGUCGUUGGUCAAUGGGGCUGUAGUAAGGAUGAUCAUUUUAGAUUCAACUUUGAACGGAUGCCGGAUGACAGGCAAUGCUUCCACUGUAAAACAACAAUUUAUUUGUCAGCUGUCACAUGCAAAUGUGCGAUAGAUGCCGGUAUCCGGAGAAUGGUGUGCAUCAAACAUUAUGACAAAUUGUGUACAACAUGCACACCGCAAAAUCACUUGCUCAUGAAAGAUAUUUUUCAAAUGAGAUGUACGGGCUUUUCAAAAACCUCCGAGACGUGGUGGAUAAUUAUGAAAAAUGGGUGAAGAGUAUGAGACUCCUUCUUCGCAAGAGCCCAGAAUUAGGUUCCUGCGAAAAAGAAGAGCUAGAGAAUCUAUUAGAUAAAGGAGAGCAGAGCAACUACUUGAAUCCGCAAUUUUUGAGCAUUUUCAAGUCUUGCUUACUCCUCCUACCAACAAGCAGUUUGGAUGUAUUUGG